AUGGUCAGAUUAGGUCCAAAGCCACCUCAGCACAGAAAGGGUACCUUCACCGGUGUCUCCCAGGAGUUGCUCGAUGAGAUCCACAGAAUGGAAGAUCUCUUCACCGUUUCCGGAGAAACCUUAUCCAAGAUUUCCGACCACUUUGUUUCUGAACUUACCAAGGGUUUGUCCAAGGCUGGUGGUAACAUUCCAAUGAUUCCAGGUUGGGUUCUUGACUACCCAACCGGUCAGGAAACCGGUAACUACUUGGCCAUCGACUUGGGUGGAACCAACUUGAGAGUUGUCUUGGUUUCCUUGUUGGGUAACCACAAGUUCGACACCACCCAGUCGAAGUUUCCAUUGCCAAAGAACAUGAGAACUGCCACUUCUGAAGAGUUGUGGACGUUUAUUGCCGAUUCCUUGUCCAAGUUCAUUGAGGAGUUCUUCCCAGAUGGCGUGGACAAGCCAUUGCCUUUGGGUUUCACCUUCUCUUACCCAGCUUCUCAGGAUAACAUCACCGAGGGCUUCUUGCAGAGAUGGACUAAGGGUUGGGACAUUGACGGCGUUGAAGGCAAGAACGUUGUGCCUAUGUUGCAAGAAGCUAUUGGCAAGCGUGGUCUUCCUGUUGAGGUUGUUGCCUUGAUCAACGAUACUACCGGUACUUUGGUUGCUUCCAUGUACACUGAUGCUGAAACCAAGGCUGGUUGUAUUUUCGGUACUGGUUGUAACGGUGCCUACUACGAGCGUGCUGGUGACAUUCCAAAGUUGGAGGGUAGAUUCGAGGACGACAUCACCCCUGACAUGCCAAUGGCCAUCAACUGUGAGUACGGUUCUUUCGAUAACGAGCUCAAGGUUUUGCCAAGAACCAAGUUCGACAACAUUAUCGACAAGGAGUCGCCAAGACCUGGUCAGCAGUCUUUCGAGAAGAUGAUUUCUGGUUACUACUUGGGAGAGAUCUUGAGAUUGAUCUUGCUCGAGUUGGCCGAGGACAAGAAGUUGAUGUUCGAAGGCCAGGACUUGUCCAAGUUGCAUGAGACUUUCGUCAUGGACACUUCCUUCCCAGCUCGUAUUGAGGAGGACCCAUUUGAGAACUUGUCUGAUGUCCAGGAACUCUUCCAGGAGAACUUGGGUAUCAAGACCACUGUCGCUGAAAGAAAGGUUAUCAGAAGAUUGUGUGAGUUGCUCGGAGAGAGAUCUGCUAGAUUGUCUGUGUGUGGUAUUGCUGCUGUUUGCAAGAAGAGAGGCUACAAGACCGCCCACGCCGCUGCUGACGGUUCCGUUUACGAGAAGUACCCAUACUUCAAGGAGAGAGCUGCCCAGGGUUUGAGAGAUAUCUUCGGCUGGCCUGAGGACCAGGAGGACGCUGUCAUUAUCGUCCCAGCUGAAGAUGGUUCUGGUGUUGGUGCUGCUGUGAUUGCCGCCUUGACAGAAAAGAGAUUGAAGGACGGCAAGUCUGUGGGUGUUAAGAAGAACGCCUAA